GGUUAUUAUUUUGAGUAGUUGAUUUAACAGAUUAAAACAUGUGGUUAACGGAUACGCAAAAGAUUGGGGUGGGGUUAACGGCGUUUGGGGUAUUGUUCAUGUUAUUGGGCGUCAUGUUGUUUUUUGAUGGAGGAUUACUAGCAAUCGGAAACAUUUUAUUUAUAGGCGGUUUAACACUCAUUAUCGGUCUCUCGAAAACAAUUGCAUUCUUUGCAAGACCGGAAAAGAUGCGGGGAACCAUUUGUUUUUUGGGUGGGGUUUGUUUGGUUUUUGCGAGGUGGGCGGUUGUGGGGAUUGUGGUUGAGGCGAUUGGGUUUGUGAAUUUGUUUGGGGAUUUCUUUCCGGUUGUGAUUGGGUUUCUACGAAAGAUGCCCGUUAUUGGGUCCGUGUUGAAUACGCCGGGGAUAUCACAUGUCAUUGAUAAACUCAUGGGCUCAAAAUUACCCGUAUAAUAACUAUUUGCAUUUAUGAAUGCUUUUUUUGUUGUGUAUCGCAAAAGGAGAGAAGACAAUACCCCCCCAAUUAUUAUAUUAUUGUAUUUUAUACUACAAGUUGUGUAAUGGCGUAAGGAUGUGGUACGAAUAUAUAUGUACAAAAAGCAAAAAAAGAGCAUUGCUUUUUUCAAUCUGAA